AUGUCUACCCCAGAGCAACAAGAAGCGCAAGCUGUUCACAGCGAGAGUAGAUCGUCUGCCAAUGGCACGGACAGCGAGUCCAACGCGCCGGUCGAUUUAUCCGCCGCGCUUCAGAAAAAAGAGACUGAACGCUCCGACGGAAAGCGCGAGCUAAAGGAAGGAGAAUGCUAUGAAAUCCUGGGAUACUGCUGGCCACGAUGGAAGAAAUGGACCUAUCUGGCUGCGGUCGCCUUCGUUCAGGUUUCUAUGAACUUCAACACCUCGGUCUACCCGGCUGCUGUCAAGGGUCUGUCCGAGGCUUUCCACAUCAGCGAACAGCAUGCUCGCACAGGCCAGAUGGCUUACCUGGUUACUUAUUCUAUUGGUUGUGAGCUGUGGGCUCCUUGGUCCGAGGAAUUCGGUCGCUGGCCUAUCCUUCAGCUCUCCAUGUUCCUGAUCAACAUUUGGCAACUCCCUGCAGCCCUUGCGCCCAACUGGGGCAGUCUUGUUGUCGCUCGUGCAUUGGGUGGUCUUUCUACUGCUGGUGGCAGUGUCACCCUCGGUCUUAUUGCCGAUAUCUACGAGCCCGAAACACAACAAUUCCCUCUCGCAUUCAUCGUUUUGUCCUCUACUAUCGGUACUAGUAUUGGUGGUGUUAUCGGAGGACCAAUUGCGCGAUCUAAGCGCCGCCGCAAAACCGGAGAAGACCCGAACAUCUACGGACCAAACGAGCUCAAGAAACCCCGUGUCUCCCUCAAGGAAGCCGGCAGGAUCUGGGCGCGUCCAUUCUACAUGCUUCUGCGCGAGCCCAUCGUCCUCUGUCUCUCUCUUCUUUCCGGUUUCUCCGAUGCUCUGAUCUUCACCUUCCUCGAGAGCUUCGCCAUAGUAUACAAGCAAGGCUGGGGCUUCGGUACACUCGCUCAAGCAUGGGCAGUUAUUCCCAUCAACGCCGCCUACUUCAUUGCCUACUUCAGCUACUUCCCGUGGUUCUGGCGCGAUCAAAGGCUUCGACUCAGAUAUGGCGAUGCCGCCAUCCCACCCGAACGCCGUCUCAAAUGGCUUCUCUUCCUCGCGCCACUCGAACCCAUCGGUCUAUUCGGUUUCGCCUGGACAUCCUUCGGCGACUCGAAAAACGUCCACUGGAUCGGAUCAAUGAUUUUCUCCGGCUGUGUCGGUAUCGCCAACUAUGCCAUCUACCUUUCCUCUGUUGAUUACAUGGUCGCUUCCUAUGGUGUCUACUCUGCUUCUGCGACUGGUGGUAAUGCUUUCGCGCGUGAUCUUCUUGCUGGUAUCUCGGCCAUGUAUGCGUCGCCUAUGUACAAAAACAUCGGCAACAAGUGGCAUGUCGAGUAUGCAAGCACCGUUCUGGCUUGUCUUUCUUGUCUGGUCGUGGUUCCUAUCUAUAUUUUCUAUUGGAAGGGACCGCAGAUUCGCGCGAAAAGUAAAUUCGCCUCCACGCUUGCUGCGGACAGAGAGCAGAACAAUGGAACGCAUGAUCAACAUGUGAUGGGACGCAAGAACCAACAAAAGGAGCGAGCGUUGAGGUCGGGUGGGGAAGUCCACGAUGGAUGCAGCAAGGAUAUGCACUCUCCUACAUCCACGCACUUCCCUCAUAAGAACACCAUUGAUUUAUAUCCCCUUUCUCGUGCAUCCAACCUCCCUAACCACACCACCGACAAAAUGGUCAUGAUCACAAGCUCAAUCGAAAUAGCCGCGCCACCCGCAAAAGUGCGCGAGAUUCUCCUCAACUUCUCAGCAUACCCAGAAUGGCAUACGGAAUGGCUCAAGAGCAUCGAGCUCAAGGACAGCACCAAGACCUCACAAGAACUUUCCCCAGGCGACAAAAUCGAAGUAAACAUCGAGAACUUCAAAUUCGUCGCCGAAGUCAAGGACAACACCGAGAGCUUGUUUUCUUGGCAAGGCCCGCCCGUAGCUACCAUUGCUGGUUUGCAUAAAUUCCAUAUCGAACCGGCCAACGAUGGGGCUUCGACUGUUUUCACACAGUCGGAGGAUCUGAAGGGUCUCCUUGCGUUCAUUAUGAGUCCUUCUCUGCUCGGGAAGAAGAUGCGUGCCCAUUUCGAUAUCUUCCACAGGGAUCUGAAGGCCCGCGCUGAAACAGCCUGA